CCACAAUGCAAAGUGGGUCCCAGGCAGUGCACCGCAGGCAAACCUGGCAGUGAGCAAAAACAACAACAGGCUGCACUUUUUCUUUUUUUAAUUAGCAAAGGAAAGCGUCUGCAUGGAUGGCGACCCUCGCGAUCACUGUUCCGUGCGUGCGGUGAUCUAAGUCCGGAAGCCAAACAUGCACCCCAGUGCGAUGACCAGAAGCGGCGGCGGCGGUGCCAUGAACAGCGGACUCCCAGCCUCAGCUGCUCCGCUCGGGGGUGCCGGGAUACCCAAUGUCAAAGUGAAGUUUUGCCGUUACUACGCGAAAGACAAAACGUGCUUCUAUGGAGACGAGUGCCAGUUCCUGCACGAGGAUCCGUCCAUGGCUAGCCUGAGCCCCGUCCCGUUGUCUCUACCCGGGGGUGGCGGGACUGCAGCGGGAUAUUCCCUCGGAGGUUCCGGGGCAGGAGGCCCCGGAACCUCCGGAGGAGGAACCGGCGUGCCCAAGAAGAGUGAAGCCAUGGGGCUUGCGCAGAGCUCUCUGGACGGGUCGUUGCUAGCCAUUCCAGGGAUGGAGGGAGCGAGUCUGAGCGACGCCAACCUAACCAAUUCCUACUUCAGCAGCAGCUUCAUUGGAGUGAAUGGAUUUGGAAGUCCCGCAGAGUCCAAAUACUCCAUGAUGCAGCGAAUCACUACCAGCAGCAGCUCUCCCAGUCUGCUCAAUGAUGGUGCCAAGAAUUUUAGCCACAGCACUCACGAUCCAGUCAACCCCCCGACGUCGUCGCUGUUCAGCGAUUUUGGUGCUCUUGGCAUUUCUCAACGGAGAAAGGCGCCCAAUCCGACAGCAAGUGAGUUCAUCCCUAAGGGAGCUCCACGAAUAGCCACCAUGGCGCCGUCUUCUGUCCAGGCCUUCCCCUCGCCUCUUUUUGCCCACCCAGGUCUUAAUAGCUCCACAACCGCCGCUUUAGCUCCAGGCAUGUCUUUAUCGGCGGGCUCAUCUCCCCUUCACUCGCCGAAAAUUACGCCGCAUACCUCACCCGCCCCGCGUCGCCGCAGCCACACCCCGAACCCGGUCAACUACAUGGUGCCCACCACGGCGGCGGACCCGGGCGCUCACAUCAUCCAGAAAGAGACUGUCGGGGGGACCACGUACUUCUACACGGACAAUACCCCCGCCCCGAUGGCCGGCAUGGUGUUUCCUACGUACCACAUUUACCCCCCCACGGCACCCCACGUGGCCUACAUGCAGCCCAAAGCCAACGCACCGUCCUUCUUCAUGGCAGAUGAACUCCGACAGGAAUUAAUCAACCGACACCUGAUAACCAUGGCGCAGAUCGACCAUUCGGAAAACGCAGACGUACCCUCCGAGGUGGACAGCUACCACAGCCUGUUCCCCCUGGAGGCCCUGCCGCCGCCCAACCGCAUGCAAAAGACCAGCAACUUCAGUUACAUCACGUCCUGCUACAAGGCGGUCAACAGCAAGGACGACCUGCCCUACUGCCUGAGGAGGAUACACGGCUUCCGCCUCGUCAACACCAAGUGUAUGAUGCUGGUGGACAUGUGGAAGAAGAUUCAGCACUCCAAUUCGGUCACCCUGCGGGAGGUCUUCACCACAAAGGCCUUUGGAGACCACUCUUUGGUGUUCUCCUAUGACUUCCACGCAGGCGCAGAAACCAUGUUCAGCCGACACUUCAACGACCCGGCAGCCGACUCGUAUUUUACCAAGAGGAAGUGGGGACAACACGAGCCUCCCCCGCCGCGGCAGCACGCCGGCCUGCUGCCCGAGUCGCUGAUCUGGGCCUACAUUGUGCAGCUCAGUUCGGCCCUGCGAACCAUCCACACGGCCGGCCUGGCGUGCCGCGUCAUGGACCCCAGCAAGAUCCUCAUCACGGGCAAGACCAGGUUACGCGUGAACUGCGUCGGCGUCUUUGACGUCCUAACGUUUGACAACAGUCAAACCAACCAUCUGGCCCUGAUGCCGCAGUACCAGCAAGCCGACCUGGUUUCGCUCGGCAAAGUCGUGCUGGCGCUGGCCUGCAACUCCCUGGCGGGUAUUCAGAGGGAGAACCUGCAGAAGGCCAUGGAGCUGGUGUCCAUCAACUACUCGUCAGACCUCAAGAACCUUAUACUAUAUCUGCUGACGGAACAGUCCCGCCUGCGCAGCGUCAACGACAUCAUGCCGAUGAUCGGAGCCCGAUUUUACACGCAACUGGACGCCUCCCAGAUGAGGAACGAUGUCAUUGAAGAGGACUUGGCCAAGGAGGUACAAAAUGGCCGCCUUUUCCGCCUCCUCGCGAAGUUGGGGACCAUCAACGAGAGGCCCGAGUUUCAGAAGGACCCCACGUGGUCGGAAACGGGCGACCGCUACCUGCUCAAGCUUUUCCGGGACCACCUGUUUCACCAGGUGACCGAAGCCGGUACGCCGUGGAUCGACCUCAGCCACAUCGUUUCCUGUCUCAACAAACUGGACGCAGGCGGUCCGGAGAAGAUCAGCCUGGUGUCGCGGGACGAUAAGAGCGUGCUGGUGGUCACCUACUCGGACCUGAAGCGCUGCUUCGACAGCACCUUCCAGGAGCUGCAGGCAGCCAUCUCUGGCUCACUGUAGCGCCGCCCCCUAGUGACCCGGAGGGCGCACUACUAUUGCACUACGGCGGGCCAUCAACCUUCCGAGCGAGCCUGACGGGUGGCCGAGCUCGCGAGACAUUUCAACAUCAGCAUUUUUUUUUUUUUUUUGGCGGGAAGGCCUCAGUCGCAUACACUGUCCAACCGGGAAGGCUUUUUGGUUCCCCUCUAAAGUGUAUUUUUUUUAAGUCUUUCCUAAAAAAAGAAAAGGAAAAAAAACCCUGCAAGCUGGAAAAAGGAUAUAAGUCACGGACGCUUGGGAUGGCGAAUUCCUACCUUUUUUUUUUUUUACAUUUUUGGGGAACAAACCAAUGCAAACCAUGCAGUUCUUGUUGAGCAAAUUUUCCUGCUUUUAUUGUUUGUUUGUGAGCGUGGGAGGGAUGGUGGAGGGGGUGUUUUCCAGAGGAGGGUACACUCAGAUUUUAAUUUAAUCCCAGGGUUAUUUUUUUAUGUGUGAAUGUAUGGCCUUACAGGGUGUACAGAGAGUCCCACACACAAACGGAAUGACGACAUGAAAAAAAAACAUUUUUUCUAUUAGAGGCUUUUUAAAAUCUGGUAACACCCACCCGCCACCCAUUCCCUUCUCCCUCACCUGGAAAGGACAAACCACUGGGGUACGGUGCUUGCUUUAGGUUGAUGGACACUGUUGGUUUAGUCGUAGCCCACCCCACCACCCUUGUUUUGCAGCAGCCCCUGGACGGAAUGUUGCCCACUGUUUUUUAUUUUAUUUUUUUAGAACCCCCCUCUUAUUUUUCUGUAUGUAUGUGUGUGUGUUGUUGUUGUUGCCAAAGCGGCAGGGCUAACGUUUUCUGCGGACCAACGCCAGCGUGGGUGAAGGGGAACGACACGUAGGAUGACGAGUAAGGUGCAGCCCCCAACACCCGACCCAGACCACCACACACCUGUCAUCCCGCCCCCUCGCGAUGAUUGAAUAUGAUCGUCCGUCAAUGUUCAGGAUUGUUCACAGUGCCCCUUUUGUGCUGCGGGAUUUAAAAAAAAAAAAAAAAAAAAAGACAAAACUGCUCCUGGCCUCCCCAUGCCCCUUCCUAAGAAAUGACACCGCGGAUCAAACCCUGAAAAUUGCUUGCUUGGUGGGUGGGGUGCCGACUGUGUUAGGUAAUGUACUAAUGACACAUUUGAUGAAUGUGGUGCUUUAAAACCCCCAACACACACACACACACACACAGACCCUCACCCACUUCUCACACACACUCCACAACUGACAUUUUAGUCCGUUGUUUUUUGUUUUGUUUUUGCUCCUCUGGUGUUCCCAUGGCUCAAAUUUUGCAACAUUUGUGUGUACAGCAGUAUUUUAAUAAAGAAUACCGAAAAUAA